AUGAUAAAAUUUACAUUACAUAGGUAUGUUGGUUUUGGCGCCUACUGGCUAUUCUCGAUACUCAUACUCGCACUAUCCUUCAAGUACUAUCGCCCAGUGUUUGUCAUUCCAAACUUCACGGCAUUAGUUCUCGGAUGUUUCAUGAACCUAUUAGCUUUUGGCAAGUUUAUAUUGAUUUUCUGUUUGUCGAAUCUCGGCCAAGAACAACCUACAAUGGUGAAACUUACUGAUAUAUAUUCACAGAAACUCUCCCUCUUCCUGCUCUCAUUGGUGAUUUCCUUCAUUGAACCGCAGGACAUACAGAUACCAAACGCUUCUAUCUCAUCACAUGUGCUUGACAUAUCUCUCGGUAACCCUGCAGCAGGUGUUACUGUUCUUGCUUAUUUUGAAGAGAACAAUGGAUGGAAGCUUUUGGGGCAAAUUUAUCUUUAUAUAAAAAUUUUUCAUUCAAGUACAACCGGGUCAAAUGGACGUGUACCAUGGGUAACUCCGAAUGUCACUUUGCAAGAAGGAAUCUACAAACUAAAAUUUAUGAUAGCUGACUAUUACAGUCGUUUGAACAUAAAAACGUUUUAUCCCUAUGCUGAGGUAAGGUUUAGGAUGAUGAAAUACGUACUUUACAGAAGUUUGUAUAAUUUAUUUAACCUUCAGAUCGUAUUCAAUGUAACGGAUGCCCAGCAACAUUACCACGUUCCGUUGACGCUCAGUCCUUAUGGUUACUCCACCUAUAGAGGAUCGUAA